AUGCAUGAGAUCGUAUACCUUAAUGAAGAGAAGGUCAUACCGAAGUCACUGGUACAAAGCAAACGAGAAGAUGGAAUGUGGUACUUCGAUAAUGGAGCAAGUAACCAUAUGAAGGGCGAGAGAUUAUACUUCUCUGAAAUUAAUGAAAGCAUCAAAGGAAAGGUGAAGUUCAGAGAUGGUUCGUGUGUCAACAUCAAUGGCAAAGGGUCGAUACUGUUUGAAACAAAGACAGGGGAACAUAGACUCUUGACCGACAUAUACUACAUUCCAGACCUAAGGAGCAAUAUAUUGAGCUUGAGACAAGCUACUGAACAAGGAUGUGAUGUUAGGAUGAGGGAUAACUACCUAACACUGACAUACCCUAAUGGAAGACUACUGGCGAAAGUGUUAAGGUUGCUUAACCGGUUGUACAAGUUGCGACUUGAAGUUGGUAGACCAGCAUGUUUGCACACGAGAAUGGAAGAAGAUACUUGGAGAUGGCAUGCUAGGUUCGGACACAUUAGUUUCAAAACUAUAAGGUCCAUGGCAACACAAGAGAUGGUACACGGGUUGCCGGAGAUUCAAGAUGAGAAGGAGUGUUGGAAUUGGAAGGGAGCUAACAAGGAAGAACAGAUCAAUCCUGGUAUGUCUCGGAUGUCAUAG